UCCAAGACCGGUAAGCUUCAACAAACCCUAGCGGGAUGCAUCGAACUGUCGGGAAAAACACUUCAGUCGGGGAAGGUUUCGAAGGUAAAGAUAUGGUCGAGAUUCACCGGCCAAGGAAGGUACUUUGAGUUUCACUCAAAUUUGAUUCCUGCAUCCAUCGAUUUUGUUCGAGAAUCGCUGUUGUGUACCUCUCUUUGCAAAGACGGGUACAAGAUUCGGACCGUCGAGCAUUUACUUUCGGCUUUGGAAACUAAAGGCAUUGACAAUUGUAGAAUUCAGAUUCAAAGUCUCGAUUCUGAGGAUACUGAGGUCGAGGUUCCUAUUUUUGAUGGGUCUGCAAAUGCUUGGGUAGAGGCAAUAGAACAAGUUGGCAGAAAAGAGGCCUUGGAUCGGUGUGGCAACAAUGUUGAGAAAUUGGCACCAUAUUUGAGUGAACCAUUUUAUGUUUCGAGAAAUGAUUCUUUUAUGGUUGCCUUCCCUGCUUCAAAGGUUCACAUAUCUUGUGGAAUUGACUUUCCAAAGCGAUUGGGUUUAAUGUAGAGGUUGUACAAUACAACAACAUCAAGUUUCAAGUAUGGGAUUUAGAAAUUCAUAUGUUGGCAAUCUUUCUCUUUUCUAUGAAAUAGAGGAGAAGCUUAAGCAGGGUCACAACGUUGUACUUAUAUCAAACCAUCAUACUUAAGCUGACCCAAUCAUCAUCUCAUUGUUGCUUGAGAAAGCAAAUCCGCAUAUUGCUGAGAACAUGGUGAUUCUCUCUUGAAUUAAUUUCUCAUUCUGAGCCAGUUGUAGUAGCCUUCAUCUAUGCCCUUGAGGCCUUGACUGUACUUGGGUUCUGUGGUUGCAAUAGCUGCCUGGAUGGUACAUAGCAUGGCUAUUACUGAAGAUGGAGCAUUAUUUUAUUGGGUUUCCUCAGAUCCUCAUCUUAGAUGCCAACAGCUAUAUUCCCUUUGUGAGAAAACAAUCGUAAGCAUUUCUGCUGGUAAGUACUGGGCUACUACUGCUACUGCUAUAUGUGGGAUGGCAAGAAAAGUAUGGAAAAACCACAUUUUGCAACUCGGUUACACCGAGUUAAGGGAAAAAAGAUCCCUUAAAGAGUUGAUUUUGAGAGUUGGUCAUGAGAGAAUGUAACUUGUAAACAAUUUUCUAAUAUAGAAUGUAACUUGUAAACAGAACUUAUGUAAUUCUAAUGUAAUUCUAAUAUAGAAUGUAAACAAUUUUCUUAUGUAAUUCUAAUAUAGAAUGUAACUUGUUUUAA